UUUGGGUGUGUGACGGCGGUGGUCGGAGCUGCACGGGGCAUGUUGGGAAGCUGAGUAUUUGAGUGUAAGGCGUGGCGUGCUGUGGCGUCUCUGUGUCUCAGGGCUCCACCCCACGAACACAGCCUGUCCAGGGUGAAGGUAAGGGAGAGUGGGCUCGGUGUAUUUUCCACUCGAACCCUGGCUGUCCGUUAAUCUGUCCGCGGCCCGGCGGCGCUAUCAAAGACUGUAUUUUUACUUCUCUCCGAUGAAAGUUUGCCCUCCUCUUCCCUCUUCGUCACCUUCCAGUUAUCCGGGCUGUGAUAGGACAGUCGCAGGGAUUCCUCCUUUCCAUUGGCUGUAAAAUAUGUCAAUCACGAUGCGAUAACGUAGCGACACGUGUGGGAGUUCCCUGGAGUCGGAGAAGGAAAAAGGCUUUUAUGAAGAGGAAUGGAGGUCAGCUCUCUGUCACACUGUGAGUAGCUGGGCAGGAGCAUGGCUGCGGCGUUCCUAAAUGGUCCAAAUGCCCACUCCAUCCUGAAGCGAUUCCCUCGAGCGAACGGCUUCCUGGAGGAGUUGAGGCAGGGGAACAUUGAGAGGGAGUGUGUCGAGGAGAGCUGCAGCUUCGAAGAGGCCAAUGAAGUAUUUGAGAACAAAGAGAGAACGAUGGAGUUCUGGAAAACUCGAAGCAUCUACACGGUGAGUAGCAAUGGUGAGGGGCGCUCCGAGCGUGCAGACACAGUCUACAUGGUGGUGCCUCUGCUAGGCGUGGCCCUGCUCAUCAUCAUCGGCCUCUUCCUCCUCUGGAGGUGCCAGCUGCAGAAGGCCACCCGGCGAAGGCCUGCAUACACCCAGAAUCGCUACUUGGGAAACAACCGCAGCAACCGCAGCCUGCCACGCAUCCUGGUUCACAGGGACCCGGGAUCUCACUCGGAGAGCUCACAGCAUGAGUCCGGCUCACGUCCAACUGUGGUGGUGAGCAGCGCUGAGAGAGGAGACGGCCCACAGCCGGACUGCCACAGCCCCAACCAGCAGAACACUCGAGCCCUCUACGUCCAGGACUCGUCCCUGUCGGUGGCCUCCCGGCUGUCUGGUGCCACGCCUCCCCCUUCUUAUGAGGAGGUGACAGGACACCUGGAGAGCAGCGGUGACGAGAUCUCAGCACCGUCCUACAGUGACCCUCCACCCAAAUAUGAGGAGAUCAUAAAGGAGAAAUGAGACAGAGACUGAAACAAUGCUGCCAAGGCCCAAUCUCCAGGGAGCCUGCCUCCGCAAGUGCUGCUGGCUGCAGGUCACUCAAACCCAGAUUGUAAUUCCAGUCUCUCUUUGUCGUGUAACAUGAGGGUGCAACCUACGGCCAGCCCUCCACAUGAGUUAGUGUGCACCCAGGAUUGUUGUUUAUAAUUCACAGAGACACCUCGUCACAGUCUUCAUUUUUUAAGUCUUGGUAUUGCUUGAGGCAGAUUGGUCCCAGGUGCUCUCACGGGGGAGUCUCUGGUGAGGAUCCGACCUGCAGGACUCACUCUGAUCCAGCUCUGCCCACCCCCCCAGCUCAUGCUGCCACUGUAGGAAUGACUACACUCUACAUGCACUAGUCACUGUGACUGAUGGCUUUCCUCGUGUCCUCUCCGUCAGCGUGCAUAUCCUGUGACUCUCUGUUCGUGAACAGUCUGGAGUAGUGGUCGUAGCGGUGUGGUACUUUUGGCACUCGGGGCCAAAGUUUCUGAGGCUGGGAUGUUUUCACAGUUUGUUGGUGAGUCAGAUCAUUAACCGGUCUGGUGUUCAUAAACAAGGACUGUACCCAUCUCAGGAUUUUGUCAGUCGAAUCUGAUUUGACUGCUCACUGCCAAGCUCAGAUUCUUUUAUGUUAAGAGUCAAACAUUACUCCGGUUAUUUGCCUGCAAGAUUCUGAUGUUUCACCCAUGAAAUGUGUGGUAAUCACAGUUCCACAUGACUACUUUCAGACUGUUCUGAGCUACUUCAUCGCCUUUUUGAACUGAAGGUGUAACCUGAUUAAGGAUCUUGGUUAGCCGCUGUGCAGCACCUGAAGCUAACUGAAGAGCAGCUGAAAGACAAUCUCUGAAACAUGAAGCUGUUAUUCGGGGACCAGCUAUGCGUAAGUUCAAACGUAGCCCAGUUUGAACUUUAUUUCUAGUUGCACUACUAACUUAAGCAAAGUUACAUCUUAUAUCUUACAACUCGCUCUGAGGAGGCGUGAAGUCCUCCAUGUAACAUUGCUGGUUAUCAUUAAAAAUGGGAUAACUUUAAGGAUGAGGAGAAGCAGAGGAUUUUACAGGCAGUGUGGCGUCAGCAGUGCGUUCUCCGCUCUCUCUCUCCAUUAGAACUAUAUAAUGUAACAAUACAAGAUACCAAUCCUGUAUUUUGUGGCUGACGAUCUCACCAAUCAUUACCAAAAUGCUUUGCUUUAUCAUAUUUAACAUACAUCUGUGCUGAUGGUAGUACAUCAGCAGAGGUUAAAAACAGUUAGUUUCAGUGGUUAGCCCGUUCAGAGGCAGCUCUGUAACUAACACUGCUUUAAGAAAAGAGCUUUUGAGUGUCUGCCACAGGAAGUGAAAACGUCACUUCUGCCACAGUAUUUUUAAGUCUGAUGUUACACUCUACUAAGAUGAACCUUGUGUCUCCGUAAGUUCAACCAAACCGUUUUACACCCCCACUUAUGACACAACUUCCACAGAGCUGGAGAAACAGGCCACAUGUCUGUCUAUUUCUGGGAAGAGGAGACUUUAUUGGAUAAUUUGACUCCCACUUCAUCAUUCAUGACGUUAGAGCCAACAGCCUGCCAUGCUGCUCCUGCUGUGCUCUGUGUAGCAAAAAAGAUCUGCAUGACACAGAUUCGUCUGACAAAAUAGAGAAUGACUUGUGGUUUUCUUGGCUGAUAAGCUGAGUCACGAAUGUCUUCACCGGAGGUCGAUCUAUCACAGAGAGGAGCCUAAACCAGCUGCCGGCCGGCCUCAUAUUUGCUGUCUAAGCCAGAAUGAAUUGUCAGGUGGAGCUCACUGACUAUUCUGGUUCUUCUGCUGUUGAUCACAAAUGUUUGAGAACAAGUCUACCCACCAGCAGAUUAAGGUUAUGCUUCCUUUCUGUUUGCUGUGUGGACAGUCAUGUAGAUCUCAUGGAUGUGGUGUGGGUUCAAAAGUAUUUAACCCAAUGAAAACAAACGGGUGCUGGCUGUGGCCUCACAGCAGAUAGAGCAGCACCCUCUGUUUGGACCAAAUGUUUGUACACUGUGUUACCUGUCUCACACCUACCUGUGGACCACAUGGUUCAGUGUGAGGGAGUCAAACCCUCCCUGUUCUUUAUCUGUGAGUCUGAAACAAGUAGUUGAUUAGUUCGUGGACAAAUAAUUGAUCAGGAACAAUCAAUUGAUUCGUUUUGAUUAUUUAUAAGUAAAAACUGCCAAACACGUUUUCCAGCCUUUUAGGGUUUGCUGCUUUACUCUGUUUUAUAUCUUUGUAAAUUAAGUAGCCAAUAGAAUUAUUUAUGAAGAAAUCAUCUUUUUAUCUAAAGAGUCCUUUGAGUGACUUUAGUGCCAUAAAACCUGCUGCAGAAGGAAGGACAACUAUGGACAAGUAUUAGAGAAGAUGCAGUUUCUGAACACAAACAUUCACACAUGCAUCAUCACCGUAGUGUGUAAGUGUGUUUGAUUCCCUGUCCAUACAGUGCACACAGCAGUCUCUGAAGUGAGUAGAGCACGGUAAGUGCAGAGUGGAUGUAGAGUGCUGACCUCAGAUCUGCUGUUUUCUCACGGCUGUGUCUGCAGUCAUCACAGUGACACAGAAUCACGCAGUAUAACAGAGUAUGGAGAUGCACUCUCGCUGUGUAGUGCUGGCAUGGUUUAAGUGCAGCACUGUCUUAACUCCACACUGUGUCACCUCAGAGGAUUUAAAAGAUACAAAAGUUUACUUCUGAAUCUUAUAAGAAGAGACAACUGACUAAAGGAUCAGCCAAUUAGAGUGCAGUUUGUGGGCUGUGUUUGAUGACUGGUGAUUUCAGUACUUCUUACUUUAAGGAUUGGAGUCCUCAAUGACAUGACCAUGCAUUAGGCCUGUGUCCACUAAUGGCUCGUUUCCACCAAGCGGUCUGGUAUGGAUCAGUGCAGUUUGGUAUGGGUCGGAUCGGUAACGCCUGAUCCUGUUUGCAUUUCCACAGCCAACCGUGCCCUACUUGGUGGGCGCUGUGUAAGCAAGAUGCCGAUAGCUGCGUCUGCUACGUAAUAACGUGACGUCAUGGCGGCGCGACACAGUGUACCCCAUUAAUAAAUGCAACGAAGAAGAAAAACGCGAGGAAAGUCUGCACCGUCAUGGUUGACAAUGGAACGCUGUUUCUCGAUUCCGUUUUCCAAACAAAAAAAGUUAUCUUCCCGAAAUCCACUGGAGAUUUAAACAUGGCGGGUUAUGUGUUCUUUAUUACCACUGUCGCGCGGGAAGUGACGAUUCUUUCGACCAAUCAACGGUUGCUGUUGUUUCUAGCUCCACCUUCUGGGGUCGGAUCGAUAUGUCUCGCACCCAAACAGAAGGGUACCAAAAAGUUGGACGGUAAGGCUGGGUAAUUUGGGGACCUGUCCCGCUUUUAGUCAAUGUAAACGCCACAAAAUGCGUGCCGUACCAAGACGAACCAAACUGAAUCGCUUGGUGGAAACGGGGCUUGAGAGAGUCUUUUGAAUUGGAAGCACCCAAAACCUCCAUUUCAGAGUGUUUGUCACUUGCACUAACUGUUGCUAUAUUAUAGUUAUUAUGCAGCACUUUUCUGAGCAGAAAACACUGCUAGUGGACACAGGCCUUUAACAUCCCUAACAUGACACUACGGGUAGGGAGUUUAAAUGAAUCUCGAGUCAGAACAUCAGUCAUGUGUACUUCCCAUUGUCUAAGUCAUUUUAAUGGCACACUUCUGUUUUAGCUCUGAAAGAUAUUUAUUCCAUGUCAUCCCUUCCAUGCUAAAAUUUUAAAUCUCUACAUUGUUGACACUACGCAAGCUUUAAAGUAAGUAUGUACCCUUAAUGUUUUUGGAACUAGAUCUGCAUAACACAGCUCAUGCACACUUACACACAAUCAUUCAUCCUUCGUGCUUAUAUUCAACAAAAAUAACAUAGAAAUGUAAUGACAAGAGUUUCAAAAUGUCUGCAAAAUAUGGAGACAUUUCUCAUUGACUGCCCUGAGUCCUGCAUAUUUACAAACUUUCUGUAACAAAGCUCAGAAUCAGUGAUAAAUGUUCAGGCUGUUGUUGACCGACCUGAACUGACACAAAUCAAAGCCUCAAACACUGACAUCAGGCUUGCCUAAAGCAAACUCCUUAGUUUCCAGAUGUAAGGGCUUCUAUGUCUUCCAUUAGAUGAAUAAGGACGGGGGACAUUGAUUUGUAGGAGGAGCAGAAGCGUGCAGUGAAUGUGGCCUGUAUUUACUGUGGCUGCAGUGUCAGUACAGGCUACGACCUCUGUACCUUUUGAGUAUUUACAUGUGAGAGUUAGAACAUAUUUAACUGAACCCCCACCAUAAGAGUUUGAUAUUAUAGUGAUCAGGGGUCUGAGGUUUUGUUGUCCAGAACAGAAUCUAGCAAAUCAAUGAGGGUUAAGAAGAGACAUCCAGUCAUCUCCAACAGUAUUGGGUUAUUCCUGAUGUAAAGUAUUCAUGAGUCAGACCUGUGGUGCUUUUAAACUGUAAUAUUGGUUGAUGUCAGUGGAUAAAGAUAUUGUGUACAUUGGGAUGCAUUGUGCGUGUGCAGUAUGUGAACACUAACACUGCCGUGGCUGCUGCUCACUUGUCCUUCAGGUAAUCAUCAUCGUCUGUGCUGUUCUUCUGACAGGUGUGUUAAAGUGUUGUCUGUGCUGUGCAGAGUGAUGUUUACAUUUUGGUUGCAUAUUAGUGGAGUGUGAGCUCCCCACACGUGAUAAGGUGCACUUACAGUUUCCUGCCAGUGGCUUAUUUUUGUACUCUCUUGUACUCUUGAGUUUCUCACUGCCUUUAAAUACAGCCUGUUUACCAUUGAACCAUGUGGGCCUGUGUAUUCACCACAUUCCACACACUAAGAUCCAUGGAUUGAUAAUGAAUGAUUGAUGUCAUCUGUAUAUUUCACAUACGGCUGAUUUUCUUUCACCAAAAUAAAUGUAUUGUUUAUUUAGAUAUACUGUAUUACUCUCUUGUAUUUCUUUCACUUUGGUCUUUUUUAAACUUCCAAUAAACUUGGUGUAAAGAAA